CGCUGAUAUUUGCACAACCUCGCAUAGAACAUAGGUACUUUAGAAGUGAUUGAAGUGAGCAGUAGAGACCUCAUCGUCUUUCAAUACAAAUCAACCUGAGUGCCAAAGCUGUCCAUGUGCAAGGAUCGCUUUGAGCACACACAGCCCGCGCUGCUGCUCUCCUGGCGGUGGGCAGCUGCCUGUGUUGGAAGGCUGAGCAGUGUGGGGAGAGUUAACCCUCGGAGGAAACACGUGUUGUGUGUGGGAAUAGGGCUGUGCUGUGGGGUGUGCAGUGGUGGGAGGAGGGCUGGGGAGCUGCUCUGCUCACUGUGCUUCGUUGGGGCGUUGGUUCAUGGAGGGCAACAUGAGGAGCGAGGUAGACUUGCUGGCUGCUGUCACUGUUCUGGGAGUCCUGGAGCAAGCCUACUUUGCACUGCAGGUGAUCUACGCCCGGCGGAAGUACAAGAUCUCCCCCCCGGACACAAUGGGUCACCCCGAGUUUGAGCGGAUCUUCAGGGCUCAGGCGAACUGCACCGAGUACUUCCCCAUCUUCCUCUCUCUCCUCUGGGUUGCCGGGAUCUUCUUCCAUCAAGGUGUGGCCGCAGCCUGUGGUGUGCUGUACCUCCAUGCGCGCUUCCGCUACUUCCGGGGCUACACGCAGGCCGCGCAGGGACGGUUGGGGCCGCUGUAUGCCAGCGCCCGGCUGCUGUGGCUGCUGCUGGGGCUGGCGGUGGCCGGGCUGCUGGCACACUUCCUGCUGCCCCCGUCCCGCCCCUGGGUGCCAGUGUGGCCCUUCUGGCUGCUCGGUGCCCACUGAGUGAGGCCACGGCUGCCCCGGUGUGACUGUCAGCCUCCUGUCCCGCCGCCCACCUCAUCCCUGUUGGAGCGUCACGCGGUGGAGAUGCAAGAAAUAAAUGCCUAUCCUC